AUGCCAGAGGAUACUAAACCCACAAAAAAACAGCUUAAGUCUUUAAACUUCCGUAAAUCAAAGGAAACCAAAGAACAGGCCAAGAAACGCCCUAUUGACGACACUCCAAAGCCUACUGAUGCCGAAGAACCAGUACCAAAGAAACGUAAAACCAGGAGAGGCAAGGGAGGUAAGGGAAAGAACUCAAAGAAGGGAAACAGGUUCCUAAUUUUUGUGGGGUCCAUACCUAAGAACACAACCGAAUCCGAACUUCAAGCUCAUUUCAAAUCAUGUAGUCCCGACCAGAUCAGACUACGUCCCGACAAAGGCAUAGCUUUCCUAGAAUUCGAUGCCGAAAAGGAUCACUCUACUAUUCAGAGGCGCAUGGAUGUCGCUCUGCUACAGAAUAAGACGCUAUUCAAGGGAAACCGCAUAAACGUUGAACUGACUGUAGGCGGCGGUGGUAACAGCCAGAAUAGACUUGAAAAGCUUAAGGUUAAGAACGAAAAGAUGGAGACUGAGCGCCGCGACCGUCUGAAGAACAUGAUUGCAGCAGGUAAGGCCAAAACUGCCGCUAAUGUUGCGACUAAUAGUGCUUCAACUGCGGCACCAGCAGCUGUCCACCCAGACAGGGCAAAACUCCUGCAAUAG